CCGGCCUGGGCUCGCGGGCUGUUGCAGUGGACGAGCCCGGAAGUAGGCCAUUAUGAGAGCCCAGGUUGUUGAGAAGAUCUUGAGGGGAGACUUAUGUCGCGCCGCGAGACCGACCCCGAUCAGCGCCAGCAGGCGGCAGAGGCAGACGCCGCCGCGGUCACAGCCUUCCGGGCAAGCGAACAUCAGCAUAUCCGCUACAACCCGCUGCAGGAUGAGUGGGUGCUAGUGUCUGCUCACCGCAUGAAGCGGCCCUGGCAGGGCCAGGUGGAGCCCGAGCCUCUGCAGACGGUGCCACGCCAUGACCCCCUCAACCCUCUGUGUCCUGGGGCCACCCGGGCCAACGGAGAGGUGAAUCCUGACUAUGACAGCACCUUCCUGUUUGACAACGACUUCCCAGCUCUGCAGCCUGAUGCGCCUAGUCCAGGACCCAGCGAUCAUCCCCUUUUCCAAGCACAGGCUGCUCGAGGAGUUUGUAAGGUCAUGUGCUUCCACCCCUGGUCGGAUGUGACGCUGCCACUCAUGUCGGUCCCUGAGAUCCGGGCUGUCAUCGAUGCAUGGGCCUCAGUCACAGAGGAGCUGGGUGCUCAGUACCCUUGGGUGCAGAUCUUCGAAAACAAAGGAGCCAUGAUGGGCUGUUCUAAUCCCCAUCCCCACUGCCAGGUGUGGGCCAGCAGCUUCCUACCAGACAUGGCGCAGCGCGAGGAGCGAUCUCAGAAGGCCUAUCAGAGUCAGCAUGGACAGCCUCUGCUGCUGGAGUACGGCCGCCAAGAAUUACUACGGAAGGAACGUCUGGUCCUGACCAGUGAACAUUGGCUGGUGCUGGUCCCCUUCUGGGCAGUGUGGCCCUUCCAGACGCUGCUGCUGCCCCGGCGCCAUGUGCGACGGCUACCUGAGCUGACGCCUGCUGAGCGUGAUGAUCUGGCCUCCAUCAUGAAGAAACUCUUAAUCAAGUAUGACAACCUAUUUGAGACAUCCUUUCCCUACUCCAUGGGCUGGCAUGGGGCUCCCACAGGAUCUGAGGCUGGAGCCGGCUGGGACCACUGGCAGCUGCACGCUCAUUACUACCCUCCACUGCUCCGUUCUGCCACUGUCCGGAAAUUCAUGGUUGGCUACGAAAUGCUUGCACAGGCUCAGAGGGACCUCACCCCUGAGCAGGCUGCAGAGAGACUAAGGGCACUUCCUGAAGUUCAUUACCGCCUGAGGCAAAAGGAUGGGGAGACCGCCUGACCACACUGACCACAGGGCCUUGAGUCCUUCUGCCUGGGGAAUCUGGAGCCUGGGGUUUGGAUGCAUGUAACAUCAAUAAAAUUGGGCCUUUCCAA